AUGAUAACUGUGCAAGAGCCCGUACGGGUAUCCUUACUAUGGGACUUAAACAAGAACAAACAACCACAACAGUUGCAACCGCUGCAUACAUCUGUUGUGGCUGUUGAGACUCCAAAGUCUACAUAUUCAAGCACUUCAUUUCCCAUGAGUUCCGACUUACUGUUACGAGAUUCUCCCAAAAGUAUACGAAUAGGACUUAGAAAUGCUGUUGCAAGUUUCCAAAGACUUUCUAAUAUUAAUGACCAUUAUAUGAAAUCUACAGAUAGUCUCGAAAGUCUGGAUUAUGAAGACGUAAUGGAAGAUGAGAUUGAUGAGGAUGAAGAUCUUGAACAUGAAACUCAACUUGAAGCCAAAUUACCAGGCCAUUCUCUAUUGAAACCAAGUAAAACUCCAAAUUCAUUAUUACCAUUAGUUCAAAGAAGACUUCAACGAUUAAUUGAAGAAAGGUUUCUGAUCCCAUCUACUACCGCAUUCAAACUGUGUAUUGUUAAUUUGGUACUUCAAGAUUUUGAAUCUGAUGAUUUAGGAACAAUUUAUAACAAACUUUUCCGUAAAGAAGGUAAGGAAAGAGUUCUCCAUAUUAUAGAAAAUACAUUUAUGGAGAAAUAUCCACUGGAACAAUUGGAUAAGUUUUAUGAUGAAUUAUACUUGAGCAUCAGUGGAGCUAAUGAUUGUUUGGAUAUUGAAAGACCAAAUUUUUACCAUGAUUAUGCAGCAAUUUGGUUACUUGACCGAGAAGGGUUUAAAGAUUAUAAUUACAAUUGCUUUGUUGAAUACGUUGAGGAACAAUACCAUCAACAACUUGAAAGUGAUGAUUUGACCAAUGAUGAUUUGAUAUUACAUGAGUAUGUCAGUCAAGGAUUUUUGAUGAAUGUUGAGAAGUUUUAUUACUAUUUCAAUCGUAAUAUCAAACCUGGGAAAGUUGUUGCUAAGAGAAGAGGCAGUAUAUCGAAUAGUAAUGGCAUUGACCCACGUAAUAAUUCCAUUGGGAACAUUAUGAAGGGUAAAAUGAGUAAGAUAGUGAAACUGACCGAUGAUGCCGAAGCGGUGAUUGAGACUAUUAAGGAAAGAAUACGACCAGAGCAAAAUCUUCGAUUUGAAAGUAUGCUGGUAGUUCUUGACUAUAGUCCGGAAGAACCGCCUAUUUAUGUGAAUUAUGACAAGGAGUGUAUAGAAUGGUGA